AUGGAGCGUAAAUUUCUGCUAUUUUUUGUUUGCGCAUACGCAUCCAUAGUUCUGAUAGUUUCGACAGUGAAUUCAGAAGAAAUUGCUCCGACUUAUGAAUUAAAACUAGAUGGGAACAAUCCCGAUGUGCGAAAAUUUGCUGAAGAUGGCUGGAGUAAGGUGGUUGAUGAAAGAUCUGAUGAUCUCGGGACACAUUUGAAGGAAAUUGAAGUUAGAAAAGCACAAGUUCAAGUUGUAGGGACUGAAAAAAGAUACACUAUCUUGGUUUAUUAUUAUCUGGAAGAAAUGCCUUAUCAUCUAAUGUGCAUUUUGUUCGUUCGGUCGGAAAAUAGUAACCCUAUUUUUAUAAAAUGCUAUGAAACACUCUUUUCGCUGAAUUCAAAACCGUGCGAAAAAGGAAUGAUGGAGAUGUAUCAUUAUUUUUACCAUAAUAUUUGA